CCAACUCCUACCCCUUCCCACACCACUUCCCCAUUCACUGGGCGCAUGUAUUUACGACAUGACAUGUCAAUAUUCGUCAUCUCAUCUGUCUGAAUCCAAGAACAAUGGCAUCGGUGACUGCAGAGCCCAGUCUGACUGGGUAUUGGGCUUAGUGGUAGGCCACGCGUGUCGACGUCCUAUUCACACUCUGCUCGUGACUGCCCUUGUACCAGAGGGAGCUUUCGAAGCAGCGAACACGUCUUUUCCCGUCGAGAAAAGUCCUCCAUUUAUCUCGUCCCGGUCCGUCCAAGCAGAGCCGAUCUCUCCGACUUCGAAUCUAUUCACCUCCUUCUUCGAUGAGUUUUCUCUGGUGUAUCAGGUCCCCUACAGCCAUUUGAGCAUGUUUCUGGGAGAUAUACAAGUAGUCGCAUCGGGUGACGAAGAUAUAACGUGGGCGAUCCAGCGCCCCCGCGGAGAAGGGAAGCCCCUUUCGCUGGGCGGCUGGGCCCAGCACGCCGAGAUAGUAGAUGUGGUCAUCAUUAGGCUCGGGUAUCUGGCUCUUAAUAUGACCGUAGUCUCACUAUUCCGCGCAAUGCGUCACCUGGGGUCGCGUGUCUGGCUGGCAAGCUCCGUCAUUCUCUCCGGGGCAUUUGCCUUCGUGCUGGGACUCGUGGUCACGACGGCCUGUGGUGUCCCGAUAGACGUACGGCUGCUCUCAGAGGGUCUUCCCUUUUUGGUGCUGACGAUGGGUUUCGAGAACCCCUACGAUUCACCCGGCCUUUCUCGUGAACCGCAGCAGAACAAUCAGCUCAGCUCAAUCCCUACCACCAUGCAGACGGCCAUCAAUGCACAAGGCUGGUCGAUCGUCCGCUCAUACCUUCUGGAAAUCAGAGCCCUCGCGCUGGGAGCGGCCCUGCGGUCCCACGACCGGUUCGGCCAGUGCUGCUUCCUGGCCGCGUGGACACUGGUCUUCGACGCCGUCCUGCUCCUUACUUUCUACGCGACUGUUCUCUGCAUUAAGCUGGAGAUCACCCGCGUCCGGUUUCCAGAUACAUACCAUCAGGCGGACGAGCGGUGUGGCCCCCAUAUAUUUGGAUACAAGGUCAAGCCGGCGAACGUGGCGCGCCGGAAAUUAAUAAUGGUGGGCGGCUUCGUGCUCGUCAACAUGCUGCAACUCUUGCUAUUUGUCCCGUUUAAGAUGGCCGCCAAUGGACUUAAUGACAUCUACCUGGCGGCCCGCGCGGCAGGCACUGAGAGGCGCGUGACGGUGCUUCCUCCCAUUCGAUAUACGCUCCAUGCUUCCUCCUCGACAACGAAACCGGUUGACGGGGUUUUCAUAGAAAUAGAGAGUCCGGUGGCUCGACUGUGUCUGAUCGGCAUAUUGGUCGUCAGUCUUAUCCUCAACAGCCACCUGAUGCAUGCCGCGCGCUGGCAUGCUGCCGACGCACCCAACGCCCCAGAAGAGACGGAAGCUCUGCUCAAAUCCGACCAGGCGGAAUCACUAACCGAUGAGGAACUAGCUACUCUCUGCCUCCGCGGCAAGAUUGCAGGCUACAGCCUAGAAAAGACUCUGGAAAACAUAGCCCCAGGCUCAUCCAGACUCGAAGCCUUCACCCUUGCCAAUAUUGGGGACUCUCUUCUCCCCUACUGUGACUACAACUACAAGCUCAUGCACGGUACCUACUAUAUGAAUAUGAUCGGCUAUCCAUCACUCCCGCUGGGUCUUACAGAGCCUCUACUUAUUAAUAGACAGAUGUAUUUGAUUCUAAUAACUAUAAUAGAAGAUAUACUGGUUGCGAGCGCCAGCUGCGACUGCAAAACUAUUAAUAUAAUUAACAGCGCUGUAACACUACUCAAGUAUAAUAGUAUAAUACAAAAUCUAUAUUUAAGAUCUUUUAUAUCAUACUGGAUCAAAUUUCUCACCGGUUAUAUAACCAGAAUAUAUUCAUAUAUCUGGCUUUGGACUACCAUCGGCAACACAAUAAAUAUAAAUAUAGUUUCAAAAAAGAUUGAGAGGAUGCUGCGCGGAAAAUCGGUUAUUAUAGCAACAAUAAUUUCUAUAUGUACUGUUCGAAAAAUACUAAAAAUAAAGGUUAAUAUAUCAAUCAAGCUUAAUACGGCUAAGAAUCUUAUAAACAGUAUAAUAGCAGGCAGCAUCGGGAGGUUUAAUAUCUAUAAUCCCGCCCAGAAUUCAAAAAUUAGUAGUUGUAAUACUGCGAUGAAGAAUAUCAACAGCAAUCUGCAUAUUGCCGUCUUCAUGUUCUUAAUGAAAGUUGGGAUAAUUGGGGGCGGCAUAAUCGUUGAGAUGCAGGGUGCUAUGCUAGAUUUACUGGAGAUGCGCGGCGUUCAUCCCACCGACCCGGGCGCGAAUGCCUGCUGCUUGGCUCGGAUUAUUGCUGCUGCGGUACUAGCUGGCGACUUGAGUACUUGCUCAGCGCUGGCGGUGGGCCGCUUGGUGAACGCGCAUAUGCAGUAUAAUCCUAGUGCUGCGGCGUCGGGAAAGAAAAACUUUGAGGAUGGAGGAAGACAUUAA